CUCUUCAGUAAUAAUGGCGCACCUGCAUAAGGUGGAUACUUUUCUGUAACAAACUUUUAUUGUGUGGUGGAGUGAAAACAAGGUGAUUUUUAAUGCCGUACCGCAGGCGAUUCUCCGCUAAAAUGCCGGACUUCGAUGACGAGGUGACCGUCGUCGAUGUUUACGAUCUGGCAUCGGACAUUGGAAAGGAAUGCGAAAUAAUUAUCGAGAAAUACGGCCCUGAGGCCGUGACUGCUCUGUUGCCGAAAGUGAUAAACGCUCUGGAACUGUUAGAAAACUUGGCCGUGCGUAAUGAGAAGGAGAAUCAAGCCUUACAUGAACUGACGGCGAAAAUAUCACAGUUGGAGAACGAUAAGAUCGAGAAGGCCGAGUACAGGCAGCGUUUCGAGAAGGAAAUAGAAGCAAUCGAGGAGCAAUGGCGGACGGAGUCAGCUGAGCUUGUCACCGCCGUAGCCAGACUCCAAGAUGAGAACAAACGCCUUCGACGAACUAUCAACUCGCCUGCGGACGGUGAGUUGUGGAAAUGUACCAGCGCUCCACCAUCACCAGCACGCGAGCACGAUCAAGAGGUUCUCUCGCGGUUAAGCAGCACGGCCGAGAAACAGAGGUCCACCCUGCGUCACCAGGAACUACAACUGCAAGAGAAACAGCAACUUAUUGACAGCUUGACGAGUCAAGUGGAGAAAUUAGCACAGGUCAGCCGCGAUCUCCGGCGGAAGCAUAAGCAACUACAAAAUCAGAUGCGCUUAGUUUGCGAGGAACGUACGGAGUUGAGCGCCAUAGUACAGUCCCAACAGAGGGAUAUCACCACGUUGCAGCAAUCUGAUGCACAUAACAAGAAGUGCACUACAUGCGGCGUGGCUAUUCUAGACGGUGGGGACGAUGAAGACCAAACAUUUAAGCCAACUUUUAGCGUCCGCGAAAUGCGUGCCAUACUUCACGAGCGCAACGAGUUGAAGUUCAAACUGAAUCGCGCCGAGGAACAGUUACAGGCGUUGCAAGCUGAGCCUUUACCGGACAGUAGCUCAGACACGUCGCCAUCUAUGAGUACAACGGCCGUGGAAGAGGACGAGGCACCAGUACAAGGGCCCUUGCCCGCGGAACCUGAUGAUGCGCCGUGGAAGCGAAACAGUGGAAUAAGGAAGUUAUGGCUAACUUUGGUGUUGAAUUGUACGUUUAAAAGAUUUACAAGAAUGAACCACUUCGACAACUAAUGUUAUAAGUUUGAAUCGUAAUAAAUAUCUGUUCCACCUCUUAUUAUAUAGGUCACUUUUCAAGUACUAUCAAUUCGUUCAUCAUUUAUAAGUACUCAGCAACGUUUCUACCUUCUACUAUUUACCAAUUAAUUUUAUUAUUUGAUGUGCUACAAAGGUGUAUUUUUUAAAAUAUGUACAACGUACACAACGGCGUUUUAAUUAAUUUGAUUUCAUAUGUGAUGUUGUAUAAUGUAACCUUUAAUAAAAAUACAAUGAUAUUUUUCACAAGCAGUUAAAGAAAAUUCUAUGUUAAUAAUAUUGUCUCUUAAAUCUCAUUGUGGCCUAAUUAAUUUAUCAGUGAAUUAUUUCUCAAUUUAGUUAGAUUAUUAUCUGUAUAACACGAAAACCGAGCCAGAUUUAUGUUGGAAAGUAUAUACAUUGUCAAUAGCCGAAUAUUUUAAAAUGUUUUUUUAAAGUGAUUUUAUUAUAAUUUUUAUUAAUCUUCGCCAGUAUACCUAAAUUAAAUAACACUAAAUUUCGAUAGGACGUUAAGACAUAGAUCGAUUUCUUAGUAAAUAAUAAAAUGAAUAAAAAUAAAGAAGUAGCAAGAAAUGAUUCAAUUAAUACCUACUAAUAAUAAUGGUUAAUAUGGACUAGAACAGUUCCGUAGAACACUAACAAUUUGUGAUAAGUAACAUUUUUGAUCGAAAGUUUACACUUUCUUUAAUAGAUUAGACCAACCUACGUUUAGACCGUUUUUAUACGUGCCUCAAUAACUAACGGUCUUUUUCAAAUAUUCAGUGUAGUGCAUAUUUUACAUGUCUCGUUAAACUUAGGUUAAUAUGUGAGCUAACUAAGCUCGAUAGCUUAAGAAAACUAUAACCAUUCCUUGAGCUUUCUUUCAUAGGAAGACCAUCGCCAUUUCUGUACAAAACAAUCAGAAAUUACUGAAUUUAAUUGUAUGUUACGUACAUUUUUAUGUUCUGGCGAUGACUUUGCUAUGGGAAAAGCGUUAAAUGUAAUCACUUAUUAUAAUGACAUAAUCAUCAGUGUCAUUUUGUUUGAAAAAUGCUAGUCAUAGUACUACUCGGUACAAUAUGUAAGAUGUUCAGUAAAUAGGGGAAUAUUAGUUUGAUCUUUUUGUGCUACUAAAUAUAAUUUAUUUUUGGCGGGCUUAUAUGCUUCAACAUUUUGUGCGGUCCUAUAAUAUGAUCUGUCUAUUUUUUACAAUAUUGACAGCAGUGAUUGCCUGUCAACAUGAAAUAAGUAUAAAACGCACUGUAUAUAUGAUAACCCCGCUGAAAAUGGUCUCUUAUUUUGGUCAAAUUAAUGUAACGCGAUUUGCGAUUUUUUUUGUAUUUCUUUAUAUCUUGUGAUAUUUUAAGUAGGUAGUAUAUUAUAUAAAAUAGACCUUAACACAUAUGCUAUUAUCUGCAAAAAUAAGUUUGAAAACACCAUUCCUGGUACUGCUAUAGUUUUUAGUGCCAAAAAAUAAGGUCAGAGUGCUCAGAAGUUUGCCAAGAAUUAUUAAAUACAACCAUUUACACUAAUAUUUAAAUAAUAAUAAAACGAAGGUUUUUGUCAAAACAGUACAUACGAGAAGCAAUAAAGUCCAAUUCAGAUCCCUGGAUAUACACUCAUAGAAUAUCGUAAAAGCUUGCAAUUAUUACUUGACAUCAUAAUAUUCCGCUAUUUAUUAUGAAUAUAUAUCACAUUUUGGGUCUUCGGGAUCACAAUAAUUAUUGAAUAUCGUUUUUCGUUAUAAUAAUUCAUUUUCCCAUUGUUCUUUAAGGCUUAUUUUCAUUGGUCAAAAGAGCUCGGCACAUUUUAAUUAAUUCGAUAAAAUGAUCUGCCAUUGUUUUCCCAAACAGCUUCAAUUGAAAUCGUACACAAAAUUGUAAGCUUGACGCCGGCGGAUGAAUAAUAUGCUGGAUAGCGAUAAGUUAACGACCAAUGAAAAUUAGUCUUCACUUGAAAAGUUUUUAUAUAACCCUGUAGAAUGUUAUAAAUAUAAGACAAUCUAUUGGUAAAUUACAUAACAUUACGAAAUUUAUAAGUUGACGGUGUCAAAAUAAUAAAAGAUAUGUUUAUAAUAA